GUGAGGGAGACGGAGGUCAUAGGAGAGUAGUUGGGGGGACAGACAUUUUUAGCGGCAUUGGGGCUUUGAGGGAGAAUGCUGCGCAGGACCGUCUCCUUCCCCAUUGAGGUGGGGCGGCUGCAGCAGCUGGGUCUAUUGGACUAUGCCUCCCACGGUGUGACAUCAUGCUCGGUGCUCGACCUCCCGUCUCUCCACCGAGGUCACCAGGGUUCACGACAACGGGAGGAUGAGUGGCAGGGCCGGUACCAGGGGCCUGCCGAGGCUGGCCAAUGGGAGGAUGAGCGGCAGGGCCGGUACUGUGGGCCUGCCGAGGCUGGCCAAUGGGAGGAUGACGGUGGGUUAGUGGUCACACCCUCUUCUAAUGGUAGCACCAGGGGACCCAGAUGGAGGGAUAUGUAUGCCAGCUCAGACCAGCUAAGGUCAGACUCAGUGGAAGAUGGCUAUGAUUAUGAAGAGGGGAAGCAGAAUGAUGAGUCUGUCAGGCUGUACGUGUCAGAGGAGGAGAGAAUCCUCAACUCUGCAGACCUGAGUUCAGAGGAGAGGCGUGAUGUUCUAGCAGAGUUGGUGUAUUCCCGAAGCAGACUGAAGCAAUUGAACUCAGAGCUGCAGAGAACAGUAGAGGUAGCCGAUGACAACAACACACUGCUACGCACCGAGAACACUGCCCUGCGCAACCAAGUCAAAGGGAUGAAGCAGUCGAUUCAUGAUGCAGAGCAGCUGAUGGAUGAGCUGGAGGAGAUCCGGAGCCUAUUGGUUGAGAAAGACGAUGCUACGGGCAACCUGGAGGCCUACAUCAAACAACUGGAGAAAGAGAAGGAGAUUUUGGAGGACCAGAUCGAAACCAUCGGCAGUGAGAUGUCCCGUAUUAUACCAGACAGAGCCACUGACAAGAAGAAGAUCGUUAACCUCAGCCAGGCUCUACAAGCCUUACAGCUUCGGCUCGAGGAGAGCAGACUCGCUUUGGAUCACAGGGAUGAGGUCCUACGUAAGAAGGACUUUGUAGUUGAGCAGCUGGAGCAGUCCCUUACAGAGUACUCCUCCAUUGCACAGGAUCUGAAGGAGAAGAUGAAGGAUCUGCAGAGCCAACUGGCAGAGGCCCUAGUUAAUGGAGGAGAGGGGGGUUACAUGGCAUUAGAUGGAACUCUGUCUGAAGCCACUCAGCGCUCCAUCUCUCUAGCAGAGGAACUGGGUCUACUGCCAUGCAUGAUGGCAGUUUGGCCCUGGCACGAAGCAGUGAUGUUACAGCAGGCCCACAGCGAGCACCUGUUGGAGCAGCUGCGUUGGCAGCGGGAAAGCAACGUUCUGUGUGACAUCACGGUCGUUGUGGGUGACACACUGUUCCAAGCGCACCGUAAUGUCCUGGCGGCGUUCAGCGGGUUCUUCUCGGCACUGCCUGACAGAGGUCACCGGGUCAUGACCCUUAACCCUGAGUUUGUCAGUGAGCAGGCCCUGGACACCCUGCUGAAAUACAUCUAUACUGGAGAACUACACACUGACAGUGAGGGGUCUGAGGCCGUGCUGAGAGCAGCAGUGUUCCUGGGGAUGAGGGAGGCGGAGCGUCUCCUGAUAGACAAGACAGACAGCCAACAGGAGACGAGGAUAGAGUCAGCCCCACACACCCCCUCCGCUCCCUCACCCUCCUUCCCUCUCUUACCCCCCAGCCCAGAGGUAAUCGAACCUCUGUCCUGCCUUUCUGGAGUGGGCUCUGUAGAGAAGGAUGAGGAGAGGGAAGGAAUGAGGGGGGAGGAGGAAGAGAGGGAAGAUCCAGAGUACACCCCUCCCUCCCCAAGCCCCUCAACAUCCCCCCGGAGAGGAGCCAGGAAGAGGAAGGGAAGAAGGCCCAAGGCCACACCUAGAAACCAGACCUCACCUGGAAACCAAACCUUGGCAAGUAACCAAACAUCAGCUAGCCAUGACGACAUACCAGAUGACACAAAAGUCACCCAGCCCCAGAGGGGCAGGGGGAGGGGCAGGGGGAGAGGCAGGGGGAGAGGAAGGGGAAGGGAUCUGUCGUUAGAAGCGUCAGACCCUCAGAUCGUUGAGGAGAACCAGACAGACCUCAGCCCAUCGUCACUGAAACUUGUCAAGAGGAAGAGGAUGAGUAGUGGAGAGAGGAGAGGAGGAAAGAGAGGGAGGGGCAGAGGAAGAGGGAAACUGAAGGAGAACAGAUUGAGCGAUGGAGAGGGGGACGAGGGAGAUGAUAAGGGGAAGGCUGGGUUGAAGAACCAACAGGUGAAAGAGAAGCCGGUGUGUGCGGAGUGUAAAAAAGAGUUCUCUGAGAUCAGUAGUCUGAGGAGACACAUGAGGAUCCAUAAAGGAGUGAAACCUUUCCAGUGUCUCUUCUGUUCCCGAGCCUUCACACAGGGAAACCAGCUCAAGACUCACCUUCGCAUACACACAGGAGAGAAACCUUUUGCAUGUUCUCAGUGUGACAAGGGUUUUACCCAGAAGUGUCAGUUGGUGGGUCACUGUAGAAUGUACCAUGGAGAAGAGAAGCCUUACACCUGUGAACAAUGUGGGCUGAAGUUCGCUACCUCAUCUAACUACAAGAUACACAGCAGGAAGCACAGUGGAGAAAAGCCGUAUGUGUGUGAACGGUGUGGGAAGGGUUUUGCCCAGGCCAGCACUCUGACCUAUCACAUGAGGAGCCACACAGGAGAGAAACCUUACCAAUGUGACACCUGUGGGAUGGCCUUCUCCGUCUCUUCUUCUCUCUUCACACACAAACGCAAACACACAGGUGAAGCGCCACACAAAUGUCUGGUGUGUCAGAGGGCCUUCAUUACCAAACGAGAACUCAACAAACACUCUCGCAUCCACACCGGUGGAGAUCCAGCUGUUAAGCAGCGUGUGACAUGUGAGCUGUGUGGAAACACCUACGCUGGCAUGAGCAGCCUGAAGAAACACCAAGAGAGACAACACUUAGGGGAUGUUCCAGAAGGUGCUCUCCUCCACAACAUUCCUAUUGAUCACCAGGGAAUGAUCUCCCGCGAUGCGCCCAGCCCUGUGCCUGAGGAACCCGACAACCCCGACCCCGAGGAACCAGACAUUGUUGAGCCCGCAACCCCUAACUUGAGCCCUAACCCUCUCUGUGUUCUAGUGGAGCAGCUGCAUACAUCUUCCCUCUCCUUCUCUUCCCCAGUCUCCCCUGCCGAAAAUAUAGAGCAGAUCAUCAUCAUUAGAACAUUGGACAACGACCUCUGCCCUGACCCCUGACUUGAACAACUUUGACCCCUAACCCAGACCCUAACGUUACUCUCUCAGGCUUGGAGUCGGUCCGCCGUUUCGACUGGAUCACAUGAAUCAGCUGUAGUCAGAUAUAGAACUGUGUGAAUAGUGGCGAUGUUGACAAACGUUGAUAUGUCAUGUAAUUCUCUCCAUCUCCGAUCUAAAAGUAUUUUAUUUUUCUGGUAUGUUUUUAAUUGCUGUAUAUAGUUAAGUGAGAUAGUCACUGAGGACCUACCCACAGAAAAGCCAGGCUCACCGUAUGCUGGCUUGCAUUUCUCUGAUGGUUCUCUGUUCAUUGUUCUGGUUUUAAACCCACGCCUCAGUAACAUGGGGCUUAUGUAUAAGCUGGAGGUUAUAUUGAGAUAGGAUGGAUAUUUAAGAAAAAUCUACUUUUUUUUUUUUUUUCAAAUAAACAGUUAUAUUCUUUAUUCUGAGGAAUAAAUAUCUGAAAUCUC